AUGGCUGAUCCGCAGGCUGCCACUACCCCCAAACCAACUACACCCAAACCUUCCACACCCAGCCCAUCUACACCAACACCAUCUACUCCAAAACCAACAACACCAAGGCCAAUUCCAACAACAACACCAGUGACGUGCCCCCUAAUUCUGACUUUUGGAGUGUGGUCCGUCAUCGUCCCCACCUGCCAGAAACCCAACAUUAACUCCAGUAACUGCACUGGGACCUGUGUAGCUGGCUGUUUCUGUAGACCAGGCUUUGUGCUGUCAGGAAACCGGUGUGUUCCCGUUGAUAAGUGUGGCUGUCUGGAUGACAACAACAACUACUAUGAGCCUGGAGAGGUUGUGUUUGGGGAUGGCUGCUCCAAGCUGUGUCGCUGUGCUGGAAACUACACUCUCUCCUGCGUGGACAACACCUGUGCUCCCACUGAGGAGUGCCGAGAGGUCAAUGGAGUCCCUGGAUGUUAUCCUCAAGGCACCUCCACCUGUAUUGCCUCUGGUGAUCCUCACUACACCACCUUUGAUAAGCAGAAUUACAACUUCAUGGGCAACUGCACCUAUCUGAUGUCCAAGCCGUGCAACACCACGGGUCUGCCACACUAUGAGGUCCAUGUGUCCAAUGAGAACCGCAACAACAACAACAGAAUCAGCUACGUAUCAGCGGUGCAUGUCUACGUCCAUGGAAUGACCAUAUCCAUCCUUAAAGGAGGAACCGUGCGGAUCAAUGGGACCAAUGUGAACCUGCCUGUGAACCCAGCUGCAGACGUUUCUGUCUACAAGUCUGGAAAACAUUACACCGUGGCCAUGAGUUUUGGAGUGACCGUUCGCUACGAUGGCAACCACUUCAUGGACAUCAAAGUGAUUGCAGCAUACAAAGAGAAGCUUUGCGGCCUUUGUGGAGAUUACGACGGCAACCCCAAGGACGACUUCCGUACGCCCACAGGCGAACUUGUGACAAAACCGAAUGACUUUGGAAACAGCUGGAACUCUGACCCAGAAUGCAACAAAUCUCCUGAGGUGCCUGUACCUGGUUGUACACCAGAGGAACAAGAUAAAUAUGAGAAACCUGCCUUCUGUGGAAUCAUACUGGAAAGCAACGGCCCAUUCGCUAUGUGCCACCCCAAGGUUAAUCCCAAUAGCUUCUUCAAGGACUGCAUGUUUGACGUGUGUGAGCUGGAUGGACUGCACUCUGCCCUGUGUGAGGCCAUAGAGGCCUAUGUGAAUGAGUGUCAGGAUCGUGGAGUCACCAUCGGAUCAUGGAGGAACAGCACCUUCUGCCCCCUGACCUGCCCUCCCAACAGCCACUUUGAGUCCUGUGCUCCACCCUGCCAGCCUUCCUGUGUCACACCUUCCCCAGGGCAGUGUAAUGGACCGUGUGCAGAGGGGUGUGUGUGUGACCCAGGAUACGUUCUCAGUGCUGGCAAGUGUGUCAGGAACGACAGCUGUGGAUGCCAACACACCAAUGGCCAGUACUACCAGCCUGGAGAGGAGUGGUACACCUCUAACUGUGACCUGAAGUGCAGGUGCAAUCCUCCUUUCGUCAGCUGCAGUGAUGGACAGUGUCCCCCUUCACAGGAGUGUAGCGUCCAGGGAGGACUUCUGGGCUGUUACCCCAUUGCCACUACCCCCAAACCAACUACACCCAAACCUUCCACACCCAGCCCAUCUACACCAACACCAUCUACUCCAAAACCAACAACACCAAGGCCAAUUCCAACAACAACACCAGUGACGUGCCCCCCUAAUUCUGACUUUUUGGAGUGUGGUCCGUCAUGCGUCCCCACCUGCCAGAAACCCAACAUUAACUCCAGUAACUGCACUGGGGCCUGUGUAAGCGGCUGUUUCUGUAGACCAGGCUUUGUGCUGUCAGGAAACCGGUGUGUUCCCGUUGAUAAGUGUGGCUGUCUGGAUGACAACAACAACUACUAUGAGCCUGGAGAGGUUGUGUUUGGGGAUGGCUGCUCCAAGCUGUGUCGCUGUGCUGGAAACUACACUCUCUCCUGCGUGGACAACACCUGUGCUCCCACUGAGGAGUGCCGAGAGGUCAAUGGAGUCCCUGGAUGUUAUCCUCAAGGCACCUCCACCUGUAUUGCCUCUGGUGAUCCUCACUACACCACCUUUGAUAAGCAAAAUUACAACUUCAUGGGCAACUGCACCUAUCUGAUGUCCAAGCCAUGCAACACCACUGGUCUGCCACACUAUGAGGUCCAUGUGUCCAAUGAGAACCGCAACAACAACAAUAGAAUCAGCUAUGUAUCAGCGGUGCAUGUCUACGUCCAUGGAAUGACCAUAUCUAUCCUUAAAGGAGGAACCGUGCGGAUCAAUGGGACCAAUGUGAACCUGCCUGUGAACCCAGCUGCAGACGUUUCUGUCUACAAGUCUGGAAAACAUUACACCGUGGCCAUGAGUUUUGGAGUCACUGUUCGCUACGAUGGCAACCACUUCAUGGACAUCAAAGUGAUUGCAGCAUACAAAGAGAAGCUUUGUGGCCUUUGUGGAGAUUACGACGGCAACCCCAAGGACGACUUCCGUACACCUACAGGCGAACUUGUGACAAAACCGAAUGACUUUGGAAACAGCUGGAACUCUGACCCAGAAUGCAACAAAUCUCCUGAGGUGCCUGUACCUGGUUGUACCCCAGAGGAACAAGAUAAAUAUGAGAAACCUGCCUUCUGUGGAAUCAUACUGGAAAGCAACGGCCCAUUCGCUAUGUGCCACCCCAAGGUUAAUCCCAAUAGCUUCUUCAAGGACUGCAUGUUUGACGUGUGUGAGCUGGAUGGACUGCACUCUGCCCUGUGUGAGGCCAUAGAGGCCUAUGUGAAUGAGUGUCAGGAUCGUGGAGUCACCAUCGGAUCAUGGAGGAACAGCACCUUCUGCCCCCUGACCUGCCCUCCCAACAGCCACUUUGAGUCCUGUGCUCCACCCUGCCAGCCUUCCUGUGUCACACCUUCCCCAGGGCAGUGUAAUGGACCGUGUGCAGAGGGGUGUGUGUGUGACCCAGGAUACGUUCUCAGUGCUGGCAAGUGUGUCAGGAACGACAGCUGUGGAUGCCAACACACCAAUGGCCAGUACUACCAGCCUGGAGAGGAGUGGUACACCUCUAACUGUGACCUGAAGUGCAGGUGCAAUCCUCCUUUCGUCAGCUGCAGUGAUGGAGAGUGUCCCCCUUCACAGGAGUGUAGCGUCCAGGGAGGACUUCUGGGCUGCUACCCCAUUGCAACAACACCCAAAGCAACAACACCCAAACCAACAACACCCCGACCAUCAACUCCCAAACCAUCAACUCCCAAACCUACAACUUCCAAACCUACAACGCCCCGGCCAACAACUCCCAAACCAACCACUCCAGUGAAGUGCCCCCCCAAUGCGGAGUAUAUCGAGUGUGGCCCAGCCUGCAUCCCCAGCUGUAGGGAGCCUUCCACCAACUGCACUGGAUCCUGUAUCACCGGAUGCUUUUGCAAGCCCGGUUAUCUCUUCCGAGGCUCGCGCUGCGUGCCUGUGGAGAAGUGUGGCUGCCUUGACGCUAAUAACAACUACUAUGAGUCCGGAGAGAUCGUCUUUGGGGAUGGCUGCUCUAAGCUGUGUCGCUGUGCUGGAAACUACACUCUCAACUGCGUGGACAACAGCUGUACUCCCACUGAGGAGUGCCGAGAGGUCAAUGGAGUCCAUGGCUGCUAUCCCAAAGACGACUCCACCUGUAUUGCCACCUCUGAUCCCCACUACACCACCUUUGAUAAGCGCAAGUACGACUUCAUGGGCAACUGCACGUAUCUGAUGUCGAAACCUUGCAACACCACCAGCGUGCCUCACUAUGAGGUCUACGUGACCAAUAAGAACCGACAAAACAAUUACAAAAUCAGCUACGUGGACUCUGUGCACGUCCAUGCCAAAGGGGUGACAGUGUCCAUUCUGAGAGGAGGAGAUGUGCAGCUCAAUGGGACCCGAGUGAACGUGCCUUUCAGCCCAGCUGCAGACGUUUCUGUCUACAAGUCUGGAAAACAUUACACCGUGGCCAUGAGUUUUGGAGUGACUGUUCGCUACGAUGGCAACCACUUCAUGGACAUCAAAGUGAUUGCAGAUUAUAAGAACAAGGUGUGCGGGUUGUGCGGAGACUACAACGGGAAUGCCAAGGAUGAUUUCCGGAAUUCCUCCGGCCAUCUGGUGACCAGCCCUGUGGAGUUCGGGGAUAGCUGGAACGUUGACUCAGAAUGCAACAAGAUACCCGAUGAGGUUUAUCCAGGCUGCACAGAUGACCAGCAGGAUGAGUAUGAGUCUCCUGCCUACUGUGGAAUGAUACUGGACAGCAAAGGCCCAUUUGCCAUGUGCCACCCCAGGGUUAAUCCAAAUAGCUUCUAUAAGGACUGCAUGUUUGACGUGUGUGAGCUGGAUGGACUGCACUCUGCCCUGUGUGAGGCCAUAGAGGCCUAUGUGAAUGAGUGUCAGGAUCGUGGAGUCACCAUCGGAUCAUGGAGGAACAGCACCUUCUGCCCUCUAAAAUGCCCUGACAACAGCCACUUUGAGUCCUGUGUCUCACCUUGCCAGCCUUCCUGUGUCCUGCCAACUCCUGGUCAGUGUAACGGGACGUGUGCUGAGGGGUGUGUGUGUAACCCAGGAUACGUCCUCAGCGCUGGCAAGUGCAUCAAGAACGACAGCUGCGGAUGUGAACACAAUGGACUGUACUAUGAGUCCGGUGAGGAGUUCUACUCUAACGAUUGUAAGCAGAAGUGCAAGUGCAAUUCCCCCACUGUUACCUGUGAGGCCACCGAUUGCCCCCCAAUGCAACAGUGUGGGGUCCAGGAAGGCAUUGUUGGUUGUUACCCUGUCGGUUUUGAAGACUGCACGAUUUCAGGAGACCCUCACUAUAGCACCUUUGAUGACAAAUUCUACACUUUUAUGGGCACCUGCACGUACACCCUGGCACGAACCUGCAAGAACAGCACAGGGCCGUGGUUCUCAGUGGAGGCAAAGAAUGAAGAGAGAGGAGUGUCCGGCGCCUCAUACCUCAGGAAGCUCUAUGUGACGGUCGACGGCAUCACGGUGACCAUGAUGAAGAGCAGAAGAACGCUGGUGGAUGGGCGUAGAGUGGCCCUCCCUCACUCGCCAUCUCCGCUGAUGUCUCUGUCCCUGGCUGGGCAGUACAUCACCCUUCAGACCACCUUUGGGCUCCGAGUGCGCUGGGAUGGCAACCACUAUGCCCAAAUCACCGUGCCCAGCACACAUCAUGACCAGAUGUGUGGCCUGUGCGGAGACUUUGAUGGUAACCCCAGCAAUGACUUCACCAAGCCAGAUGGUACCCAGGCUGAGAGCUCUGAUCAGUUUGGGAACAGCUGGCAGACAAAUGAGGAUGAGGAUGAUGUGUGCAAGCCUGAUGUUUCCCCUGACCCUCCCUGCAAACCAGAGCUGGAGGCUGUUGUGACCAACCCUGCUAACUGUGGGAAGCUCAAGGACCCCGCGGGUCCCUUCAGAGAUUGCGUAAAGGUGGUGGACCCGCUGCCGUUCUUCCAGAGCUGCGUGUUUGACAUGUGCCGUUACGACGGUAUGCAGCAGAUGCUGUGUGACCAACUCCAGGCCUACACCGAUGCCUGCCUGGGUGCAGGAGCGCUGGUCCACCAGUGGAGGGAGCCAGAAUUCUGUCCGUUGGCCUGCCCCCCGAACAGCCACUACACCAUGUGCGUCAGCUCCUGUCCAGAGACUUGUCUGGGGGUCAGCGGGCCACAGGGCUGUGGCAGCAAGUGUGUGGAGGGCUGCCAGUGCAACCCCGGCUUCGUUCUGAGCAACGACCAGUGUGUCCCGCUCAAGGACUGUGGCUGUGUGGAUCCCCAAGGCUCAUAUCACCCUGUGAAUGAGAGCUGGUACCUGCAGGGCUGCACGCAGCAGUGUGUGUGCAACGGUGGUGGGGCGAUCGAGUGUCGCAACACCACAUGCACCUCCACAGAGGAAUGCAAGCUGCAAGACGGCGACUAUGGCUGUCAACCGCUGGAUAAGGGAACAUGCUCGGUGUCCGGAGAUCCCCACUACACCACGUUUGAUGAUAAGACCCAUCACUUCAUGGGCUCCUGUUCCUACACCUUAACCAAACCCUGCAACGAGACCUCUGGCUUGCCGUACUUCACGGUCGAGACCCAGAAUGAGCACCGCGGCAGCAAUAAGAAAGUCUCCUACGUCCGGGCCGUGGUCAUUAAUGUUUAUGGCCAGCGGGUCAUCCUGGAAAAGGGCCGUAAAGUCCAGGUGAACGGUUUUAGGGUGACUCCACCGGUUACCAUCAAGAAGAAUGUGAAGAUCUCCCUGAGUGGCAAAUUCGUGGUUCUGGAGACGGAGUUUGGGCUGCGCGUGCGCUUCGAUGGCAACCACCACGUCGAUGUCACCCUGCCUUCCUCCUACAGCGGCCUCCUGUGCGGAAUGUGUGGAAACUACAAUGGAAAUUCUGGAGACGACAAUCUAAAACCAGAUGGCCGACCAGCAACUAACACCAACGAACUUGGAGAGAGCUGGCAGGUCCCUGAUGACAGGCCAGACUGUACCCAUGGCGGUGGCAUAGAUAACUGUGACGCUACGGUUGAGAGCGAAGCCCAGAAGCCAACCAGCUGUGGCAUGAUCACCGACCCCAAUGGCAUAUUCAAGGCCUGCCAUGCCGUGGUGCCCCCUUCAGCCUACUUUGAGAACUGCGUAUAUGACCAGUGUGGCACAGACGGAAGUGCCGUGGCCCUGUGCCAGGCUAUUGAGUCCUAUGCUGACCUCUGUGCCAAGGCUGGAGUGUCCAUCUCCUGGAGGAACAACACCUUCUGUCCUCUGAAGUGCCCCGCUGGCAGUCACUAUGAGUCAUGUGGCACGGCCUGCCCCCCCAGCUGCCAGGAGCCCGGUUCGGCCGGCACGUGCACCGAGCCGUGUGUGGAGGGCUGUGUGUGCGACACUGGGCUGGUGCUCAGUGGGGACAAGUGUGUGCCCUUCAACCAGUGUGGCUGCACCGACAAGGACAACAACUACCGACCGGUGGGAGACAGCUGGUUCACGGCUGACGACUGCUCUGAGCGCUGUGUCUGUGGGCCCUUCAACAACGUCACAUGUGAGCCCUGGCAGUGUAGCCCCGCCCAGGAGUGUAAGGUCUACGAUGGCGAACUGGCCUGUCACUCAAGCGGUGUGGGCGUAUGCCAUGUGGCUGGAGACCCCCACUACUACACCUUCGAUGGCGUCAUGCACACCUACAUGGGCACCUGCACCUACACGCUGGUGUCCAUCUGCAACAGCACCCAGGUCACGCCGUUCACCAUCGUGGCCAAGAACGAGGAGCGCGGUCAGCCAGAGGCGUCGUACGUGGGCUCCAUCACCGUCUCCCUGCCCGGAGCCACCGUCAUGCUCAGCAAGAGCGGCCGCGUGCUGCUGGACGGACGCAGAAUCCGCACCCCUCUGACCAUCCCAGGAGCAGCCGCUCGCGUCGCCACCAGCGGCGUCUACACCGUGCUGGACACCGACUUCGGCCUCAUCGUCAAGUUUGAUGGCGUCCAUCACCUGGAGAUCACUGUGCCAGGCGACUACUUUGAUAAGGUUUGUGGCAUGUGUGGAAACUACAAUGGCAAACCAUCAGAUGAUAACCUGAUGCCCGACGGCCGCCCAGCCAAGGACGUCAUCGAGCUGGGCAAUAGCUGGAAAUCUGAAGGCGACAGUGAUCCUGGAUGCAAGCCAGACACCCGUCCUGACGUGCACCCCAACUGCACCUCCUCGGAGGAGGCGGCCUUCGAGGCGCAGUGCUCCGGCGUCAUCAUGUCGGACAAGUUCAAGCCCUGCCACUCGGUGCUGCCGCCCGAGCCCUUCACGGGCAACUGCGUGUACGACAUGUGCGAGUACGACGGCAUGCAGGCCACGCUGUGCGACAACGUGGAGGCCUACGCCCAGGCCUGCCAGAGUGCCGGAGUGACCAUCAGCUGGAGGAACAGCACCUUCUGCCCUCUCCCAUGUCCACCAAACAGCCACUACUCAGACUGCACGCCGCCCUGCCCCCCGACCUGCGCCGACCUCUUCCCCAUGUUCUGCCCUCAGCCGCCCACCCAGUGUGUGGAGGGCUGCAUGUGCAACGCCGGACACAUCCUCAGCGACGGCAAGUGCGUGUCCCUGUCCAGGUGUGGCUGCGUCGACGGCGAGGGAGAGUACCACGACGUGGGAGACUCUUGGGUGACGGACAGCUGUGUGGAGAAGUGCAGCUGUACUCAGGGAGGCGUCCUGACAUGCAAGGAUUUCAAGUGCAACGACAAGUCCAUAUGCGCCCUAGACAAGGAUGGCGAGAGAUACUGCAAGCCCGAGAAGUUCGAUAAGUGCACUAUCCAGGGGGAUCCACACUACCACACAUUCGACAACCUCAAGCACCAUUAUCAGGGCGCGUACACCUACGUCCUGUCUCAAGGUCACAAUCUGCCCAGCGAGCUAGAGCCCUUCACUGUGCGAGGCAAGAACGCCCGUCGCGGAGGCAACAAUCGCGUAUCCUUCCUUCACGAGGUCUACGUGGACGUUUACGACACCAACAUCCGUCUCCUGCAGAAGAAGACUCUCCUGGUCAAUGGAGAGAAAGUGGUGCCCCCGCUGAGCCCCAGACGGGGCCUGACCAUUGCCAUGAACUCCCGCCACAUCCAGGUCUCCACGGACUUCGGCCUCACUGUCCGCUUCGAUGGCAAAAGUCAAGCCGAGGUGAUCCUCCCAAGCACAUACGAGACAGCGGUGCGAGGCCUGUGUGGUAAUUAUGACGGACGCAGAAACAACGAGUACAUGAUGCCCGAUGGCACCGUGGCACGCAACCUCAACCAGUUCGGUGACAGCUGGAGAGUGACGGACAGGGCGGGCCAGCGACUUCUCACCUCAGAUCUCCCCGAACGGGUGCACCUGCACAGGCGUGCCGUGGAGGAGGAACCCGAGACAGGCUUCGACACGUCGGACUGCACUAUGGCCCAGCUGGCCGAGUUUAACAGUUCCAAGCAGUGUGGUGCCCUGUCUGACCCCUCCGGACCAUUCAGCGCCUGCCACACCAGAGUCUCACCCACCGCCUUCCAGGAGGACUGUGUGUUUGACCUGUGUGCAGAGCAGGGAGAUGCUACACUGCGCUGUGAGAGUUAUGCUGCCUACGCCCUGGCCUGCCAGGAGCUUGGAGUCAAACUGGGGCCCUGGAGAAAACAGCUGGACUGUGUUCUGACCUGUGGAGCCAACAGUAACUACACCGGCUGCAUGUCCCAGUGCCCGUCAUCCUGUGCUGACCUGGCGUUCCCGUCCGAGUGUGAGCAGACCGAGUGUUUGGAGGGAUGCCAGUGUGCCGCUGGGUUCGUCCUGAGCGGAGACGCCUGCGUGCCCUUCACUCAAUGUGGCUGCACCUUCCUGGACCGUUACUACCCGCUGGGAGAGAAGUUUGUCACAGAGGACUGUGCCCAGAGCUGUGAGUGCACGGCCACAGGGUCCGUGUGCCAGCCCAAAGGCUGCACUGCCAACGACGUCUGCGUCAUCUACAACCAGACCCGUGACUGCUACAAAAAUAGCCCAUGUCUUGCUGAGCCCUGUCUGAAUGGAGGCACGUGUACGGCAGGUUCCGGGGAGGGCCUGUAUACCUGCAUGUGUCUCGAGGGCUUCGAGGGCACCAACUGUGAGACAGAGAAGACGGCCACCAGUGGAGGACUGGAUCAAACGUCAAUCAUACUGAUUGCAGUCCUCGUGCCUCUGGGUGUGAUACUAAUAGCCGUGAUUAUUGGCUGCUGUUGUUGCAGAAGAAUACGGACAAAGAGUUAUGACCCCAGACAUAAUGCGGACUAUUAUAGCAAAAGAAAAGGAAGCUACAACUCCAGUAGUGUGCAGCUCUCCUCAACAGGUGUGGCGUAUGAGAAUCUGGAUGAUAUCGACAAGCAGAAGGCGGCGAACAAAGUGCUAGCGACAUCACAGUUCUGAGGACAGCACUGAGCGAUGAAGAAUACUGUUUUGAGUCAUGACAAUGUUUUGUAUUUAUUUGCUAAUGUAACUACCAUGUACUACUGAUCACCAUGCCAAAGGGGUAUCAAUUCAGUGCAGUUGUUUUUCAUUUUUGUGUGGCUUUAGAAUUCAUUAACUUAUUUCAGGCGGGUGUAAUGUUUGUCAAAACUGCAUUGUGAUUAAAAGGGGAAAAGGAAAUGUAAAAAUGCAUUGCAGCUAAAUUUAAUGAAUAAUAAAUUAUAUUUUUCAGCAAAA